GGGGUUAUUCUUGUCAAAAUGGCGGAUAGUUGAACGUAAAUAGAAGAUCGGCAGGUGAACAUUUGUUAUUAUAUUUGUAAGUUCAUGCAUGAUACUCCAGCGAAAUCAUCGAGAGUGUUCUAUAAACCCAUUAGAGGUAUAUUAUUCUACUGUAAACGUAACCAAGCACUAUAAACAGCCGUCAAGAUGAUGAUGGGAGAUCAGUUGAUCCUUGAAGAGGAUUAUGAUGAACACUAUCAACCCACCGAAGAUGAAAUAAUUGAGUAUGCGCAGGUGAUUGGUAUAGAUCCUAUAAAGGAGCCUCAUCUGAUGUGGGUUGCCAGGGAAGGAAUUAACGCACCUUUACCACCAGACUGGAAACCAUGUCAAGACCAAACUGGCGGGGAUAUAUACUACUUCAACUUUAUGUCUGGUGAGAGUGUGUGGGACCAUCCGUGUGACGAAUAUUAUAGAAAGAUGGUUGUGGAGGAAAGAAUGAAACCUACACCAAGUAGACAGACGCCGCAGAAAAAAGACAAAAAGAAAAAAGAGAAAGAAAAAGUUAAAGAUUCCAAGAAAAGUUUUAAAGAAACUGAUAAAAGAGCAAUGAGUGCUGGUGGUGGUUUAGGACCACUGAAAGGUGAAGUAGGUGGUAGUUUUGGUGGUAUGUCAAACACAAUGGGUAGUGCUCCUGGUAGAUUCAGUAGCACAAUGAGAUCAGAUCCAUUAGCAACAGCCGGUGGACUAGGAUCAUCACUCGGUAGUAAAGGUGCUUCUCUCAGUAAAUCUGCUGGAUUUGAACUGACUGGUACAGGUAGAAGUUUUCUAAAAAAGAGCGGAAAAGAAGAAAAUAUACAAAUGUUACAAUUAGACGAUGAUGAGGAAGAGACUCCAAGACUGGAUUUAAAAUUAGACAUGGACUUGAACGAUGUUGGCCAACUUGGUUAUGAGACUUCAGAACCAGAAGAGGAGCUGAUGAAACUAAAAGAUGAUACAUCAGGUGACAGUGAUGAUCAUGGUUCUGUUGUAAGUAUUUGUACACUACUCUUUACAAUUCAUAUUUAA